CGUCCGUCGGCUCUAUUGUUCACCAACGCAAAAAGUGGCAUCAGUAUAAUCAUAUUCCACCUUUCCUUCUUUCUCUCUCCUCUCCACUAAAAUAUUCAAUAUUCUCCUAUUUUUCUGGCAACUAGAGAGAGAAAAAAUGGAGGACAUUGAUGAUCUUCCAAAAAACCCAGCAAAUUACACACCUCUCACUCCUCUUUGGUUCUUGGAAAGAGCCGCUACUGUUCACCCCACCAGAACUUCCAUCGUCCAUGCCUCUAUUCGUUACACGUGGCUUCAGACUUAUCAUCGUUGCCGUCAAUUUGCCUCCGCUCUUUCUCGCCGUAACAUCGUUACUGGUUCUACGGUAUCAAUUAUUGCUCCUAACAUUCCAGCCAUAUAUGAGGCUCAUUUUGGAGUUCCAAUGUCAGGAGCCGUAUUGAACACGGUAAAUAUACGUCUUAAUGCACAGACAAUAGCUUUCUUGCUUGGUCAUUCUGCUUCAGAAGUUGUAAUGGUGGACCAAGAAUUCUUUACUUUGGCUGAGGAAGCAUUGAAGAUAGUGGCUGAUACAAGCAAAGGCAACUUUAAGCCACCAAUUUUGAUUGUCAUAGCUGAUGAAAGUUGUGAUCCUAAAGGACUCCAGUACGCAUUGAGCAGAGGUGCCAUUGAGUAUGAAAAGUUUCUGGAGACAGGUGACCCAGAAUAUGCUUGGCAACCACCAAAAGAUGAGUGGCAGAGUAUUACACUAGGUUAUACUUCUGGUACAACCGCAAGCCCUAAGGGUGUGGUCUUGCAUCACCGCGGAGCUUAUGUCAUGGCCCUGAGUUGUGCUCUAGUCUGGAACAUGACUGAGGGAGCUACUUACCUUUGGACUCUUCCUAUGUUCCAUUGUAAUGGAUGGUGCUACACUUGGACUCUAGCUGCUAUGUGUGGGACCAGUAUAUGUCUUAGGCAGGUGACUGCUAAGGGAGUUUACCAAGCCAUUGCCAAACAUAAAGUAACUCAUUUCUGUGCGGCUCCUGUGGUGCUCAACACUAUCGUCAAUGCAAAAAAAGAGGACAAAAUCCUUCCUCUACCACAUGUUGUGCACGUCAUGACAGCUGGUGCUGCCCCGCCUCCCUCCGUGCUCUUUGAAAUGUCCCGUAUUGGCUUUCGUGUUGCCCAUACGUAUGGGCUUUCUGAAACUUAUGGGCCCUCUACUAUAUGUGCAUGGAAACCAGAGUGGGACUCCCUUCCUCCAGAAGAACAAGCCCGCCUUAAUGCAAGGCAAGGUGUUCGGUAUAUUGGUUUAGAAGGUCUUGACGUUGUCAACACUCAAGAUAUGAAACCGGUACCCGCUGAUGGGAAGACUGUUGGGGAAAUUGUUUUCCGGGGGAAUGCAGUGAUGAAGGGCUAUUUAAAGAACCCCAAAGCUAAUGCGGAGGCUUUUGCAAAUGGGUGGUUCCAUUCCGGGGACUUAGCUGUGAAACACCCUGAUAACUAUAUUGAAAUUAAAGACAGAUCAAAGGACAUAAUCAUAUCUGGUGGUGAAAACAUUAGUAGCGUGGAAGUAGAAAAUGUUAUGUACUUUCACCCGGCUAUAUUGGAGGUAUCAGUGGUUGCAAGACCUGAUGAGAGGUGGGGGGAGUCCCCCUGUGCAUUUAUUACACUGAAGCCGGAUGUUGAUCAAUCGAAUCAGCAGCAUCUGGCUGAGGACAUUAUGAAGUUUUGUCGGGCCAAAAUGCCUGCUUACUGGGUUCCAAAAUCUGUUGUAUUUGGUCCCUUGCCAAAGACUGCAACGGGAAAGAUACAGAAGCAUGUAUUGAGAUCAAAAGCUAAAGAGAUGGGACCUGUGAAGAAGAGUCGACUGUAAGUAUACUCUUUGAUGUUUUACCUUUGUUGAGUUUGUUCUUAUUCUCUUUUCUAUAUUUUAUUUAAUUAUUGAAAUAAGCAGCAAAAAAUGUGCUUGCUGUUGUACAACAUUGUCCAGUCCUACCCGCCCCUCCCAGGUACAAAAGCACAAAAGAAGGUCUGUUCUUUGUAUAACAUUGUAAAAUUUAUGUUGACAACAUUGUUUUGUGUUGUUAUUGAUUGAACUAUCUUUACUACAUAUUUGUAAUGGUGAUUUUGAUGGUUGGCAAUGAUAUAUGAGAAUUGAAAUUCAGUGUAUGGAUUUCAUAUUUGGAUUGGCAA